AAAUUCAUUUUUACUCAAUUUUAUACAAGCUGACAACCUUAACUAAACAAAAUUCUUGUGAUAAAAAAUUUAAAAAAAUACAAAUAUGAAUAAGCAAGGUCAUUGUCAAUCAUCGAAGAUCUUGGAUCUGGGUAAAUGGGAUACCAAUGCCAUAAGACAUUACAGCACCUUGCCUCGCAUACAGAAGCAACUGCGCAAGGGCAACUGGGCGUAUUUGAGCGAGCAUCCAGAGAUACGGGCAAUUAUACGCGUUAUAAUGCACCAGGUGAUUAAUGCGAAGCCCGAAAACAUUCGACAGUUUAUUGCCGAUUUCUUCAAUUGCUGCCACACUCCUCUGCUGGUGCCCAUGAUCAAUACACAAUUGAUGUACGUGAAGGAGCAGUUGAAACGUGGACGUUGGAGCAAAUUUGAUGGCGAAAUGUUAUUUAUGGAAAGUCCAUCAACACAUUCGCUGCUCUCGACGGCAUCAGCAGAAGCCAAUGUUCAUCCCGUGCUCACUUAUGCCCUGGUCUUCAAGAAACCAGACGAAUGUGGCAUAGACAGACCGCCAUUCUAACUCAUUUGUGGUACUUUAACAUUACAAUACAUUGAAAAUAAAGCUAUGAACAUUU